UCCCAAUAGAAUUCAAAAUUCGAUUUCCUAAAUUCUUUCUUUAAUAUGUUCGUUCGUUCCUGAUACGAAGAUUUGUGAAAUAUACUAGGGUUUCGAUUCUCGGAAUAUUACUUAGGUUUUGGUUGGCCUCCUUCGUGGGAUUGAGCAUUGGUUUUCUGCUCUUCAUUUUGGAGAUCACUCGAGAGGAUCAAGGAAAGAUGGUUACUUCGGAUAGUUCGAGUGAUUCGCCGCCACUGCCGCCGAUACCGAAACAGUACGGUGUGAUAAAGCCGUUGUCUCUCUCGGGACCGACCGACGCCGAUAUUCGGAGAACUAAGGAGUUGGAAAAGUUUUUGGAAGAUUCUGGCCUGUACGAGAGUGCCGAAGAGACUGCGAAAAGAGAACAUGUUCUUUCCCGCCUGAAACAGAUUUUGAAGGACUGGGUAAAGGGACUCACACGAUUGAGAGGAUACAGUGAUCAGGUGGUUGAGGAUGCAAAUGCUGUGCUUUACACGUUUGGUUCUUAUCGACUUGGAGUGCAUGGGCCUGGAGCAGAUAUAGAUGCACUUUGUGUUGGUCCUUCAUAUGUGAACCGGGAGGAAGAUUUCUUCUUUAUACUGCACAAAAUUUUUGCGGGAAUGAAAGAAGUCACUGAAUUGCGCAGCGUACCAGAUGCGCAUGUCCCAGUUAUGAAAUUGAAAUUUGAUGGUGUAUCAAUUGAUCUCCUGUAUGCUAGUAUUUCUCUACUGGUUGUACCUGAUAAUUUGGACAUAUCCAAUGUGUCUGUGUUGUACAAUGUUGAUGAGCCAACGGCACGGAGCCUUAAUGGAUGCAGGGUUGCUGAUCAAAUUCUCAAGCUUGUCCCAAAUGUUGAGAAUUUCAGGACAACUCUACGAUGUGUGAAGUUUUGGGCUAAAAAACGUGGCAUUUAUUCAAAUAUGAUUGGAUUUCUUGGAGGUAUAAAUUGGGCUCUUCUUGUUGCUCGAGUGUGUCAAUUGUAUCCCAAUGCAUCUCCUAGUAUGCUCGUUUCUCGGUUCUACCGGGUUUAUACUUUGUGGAGAUGGUCAAAUCCCUUGAUGCUUUGUGAAAUAGAGGAUUUUGAGCUUGGAUUUUCAGUAUGGGAUCCUCGUAAAAAUCAUUGGGACAGAAUACAUCAGAUGGCAAUUAUAACACCAGUGUACCCAUGCAUGAAUUCUAGCUACAAUGUCUCAGCAAGUACACUUCGGAUUCUGACCGAGCAGAUCCAGAUUGGCAAAAGAAUCUGUGAGGAAAUUGAGCUGAAUAAAGCGCAUUGGGGUGAUUUGUUUGAAGAUUACUUGUUCUUUGAAAACUACAAAAGUUUUCUGCAAAUUGAUGUAAUUGCAGCCAACAUGGAUGACUUCCUUGUUUGGAAAGGCCGGAUUGAGUCCAGGUUAAGGCAGUUGACUUUGAUGGUAGAGCGGGACACAAAUGGGAAAUUGCAGUGCCAUCCUCAUCCUCAGGAAUACAGAGAUUCGUUCAAACAGUGUGCCCAUGGUUCCUUCUUUAUAGGAUUGCAGAGGAAACAAGGGGAGGUCACUCAAGAAACUGAGCAAUUUGAUAUGCGUGGGACAGUUGAUGAGUUCCGGCAUCAAGUGAGUAUGUAUAGUUAUUGGAGACCAGGAAUGGAAGUGUAUAUAUAUCAUGUUCGUAGAAAGCAGAUACCUCCAUAUGUGUUUUCAGAGGGUUAUAAACAAACCCGACAACAAAAGCUGAGCCAGCUGCAGAAUGAGAAAUCUUCUUGCAGAGGAGAUGAAGUUUGUAGGUCUGCAUUAGGUGUAGAGUGCUCGAAAAAGAGAAGGGAGCGUGAAGGGUCUGAAGAGGAGCACAAGUGCAGAAAUAAAAGACAAUUGGUUAGCAUUCAAAGGGCAGAUUCAGUUGCUCCUGAAAUCCUUGGCAGUCAAAGGAGUGGCAGCUUAAUGAAAGAGUGUAACAUAGUUUCUCCGACAAAUGGAAAAACUGGUGGAGGCAAUGGAUUUUGUCAAGCUGGAGCUAUAUUAGCUUCUAGAGCAAUUUCAAGUAUGCUGGCAUGGAAUAAAUUGAUGUCAUGAGAGAGGCCUGUGCAGGAAUAUUGGCACCCUCUAGCAAAUGUGUACUUUAUGUUAUCUUAAAGACCGGUGCCAUAAAAAUUGAGAGUUGCCUUCGCUGCUGUACCUAACUAUGAACCAGACUUCUGGGAUAUUUACAAGAGGCUCAUUUGAACUUGGUGUUUGCUGAUGUGUGCAAAACUCAUGCACUAGUGGCUGAAAAUGGAUUGUGGAAGUUUUUGAGGUUUCAAUGUGAAUUCACUUUUUGGUGAAGUUUCUAUUUUUCAUGAAGUCUAUUGCCCAUAUCAUCUUGGUCUUCAGUAAUUGAUAUCAGUGUCUGGAUGGAGAAGGUUGUUGCAGAUUUUAGAGGACUUCACUAGCUGUUUUCUCUAUGCUACAGAUGUUCAAGCCUUCUUAAGUCAUCAACUAAAAUCAUGACAAAGUCUGAAACCCCCCAGUGCUAGAAUGUCUGGCUCAAUGGAUUCUCAAUUUUGGACGAUCAAUAUCCAAUAUAUGAAUGGCAGCAUGCUCAACGGACAAGUAUAGUCUCAUUUCAUGUCUUAGUUGUAUAGGAGAGUUAGGAGGCACAUCAUGAAAGAAAUUUAUGAAGUCCUCUUUUAUGGAAGCUUGAUAUCCGUUCAGUGCUUACCCAAGGUAAUAAUCUUGGUUUUUUGGCAAAUGUGCAACACAAUCAAGAACCAAGAAAGAUGAACAGAAGAACAUCAUCAGACCGAUAUAGGUAGUACAAAUCACUCUUUGAUGGUCUUACACUCACACUUCAUAUCCUCGUUCUGAAGAAAUUUAUUAGAAAAACAUCAGUUCAAAUAAAAUAGGAAAAAAGUUCUUAAGAAAGAAGAUCAACUUCAUACAGGCAUGUCUGAAAAAUUCUUACAUGGGCAUAGACUUAGUUACAAACAAUAAGAGAAAAGAUAGAAAAAAAAAAAUUGAUGUCCACUGAGGAAAUGUAUGCAGUGUGAGCUUCUAAUAAUAGUUGCUGUGAGUUGUGUAGGGCUUUGUGAGUAGUGACUAUGCAAGAAUGUAUCCACUUGUCCAUGUUUGUUUUUCUCAUUCUUCUAUGCAUGAGCUUCAACUGUAUGCAUAAAAUAGUUUUUGAUAUGGUAGUUUCAUACGGAGUAGAUUUUAAGAGAGUAGUUUCUAGCUGUAUAACCCAUUGCGAUUCUCUUUGUUGAAGCUGAGUGCUAGGAUGGACUGGUAACUUCAGGGGAUCAACUUGACAGAGAAUCUACUCUAAUUGACAUGACUAGGUGCAUUGAAUUUGAGUUAUAAAUUUCGCUUUUCUGUUUCACGUCAUACUCAUUUUCAUCAUCAUCCCAUAGUUUGCUGGUUGUGUUGUGUUGGUUCCCUCAUAGAGCCAGGUUGAGUCACAUCAGUGGGCAUGAGACAGAUUCAUGAAAAUCCAGGUUCUGAAAGGUCGAAAUAUCAAAGCAGACAGAAACUAGCCGCCCGCUUCAACUAAAAUAUUGUUGUUGGCAGCAUCAGUGGUACAUCAUAGACUCAUGAUCUGAAAGAACAAAAAUUCAAAGCACAGAGAAAGCAAGAUUUUCGAGUAAGUAAUAUUUUACUCGCUCAUUAUUAUUAUUUUUUAUGUCAUUUCCAGGGAGGAGAUGAAAGCAAAACAUCAGAGCUGUUUCUAACAGAGAAGAAAGGAGAAACCGAGGAGGUGCUAUGGAGGAUGGGGGUUUGUGGCAUCAUGGUGUUCAUAGUAUAGAUACACUACUUUGUAACUUUGUUACCAUUUUUCUGUACCCAAACAACAUUUCUUUAGCUAAAUGAAUGAAUUUUAUUUUGUAAUGGUGACAUUUAUCUUUCUGUCAAUAUCAAUGCUCUGGGCAUACUGCAAA